AUGGCGCCGCCAUCGGCACCGCAAGUUGAUGUGGGAAGGUACGACGGAGGGCUGGAAAGGGAUGAGCGCAAGGGGAGGAGAACGGGGGAUCAUCCAGACGUACUCAACAUCGAUUCGGCUGCAGCUGGAGCCUCCCAUCCUCCUACCCGCUCCUGGCGCCUCAAAGACUUUGACCUAGGCAAAGCGCUAGGCAAGGGCAAAUUCGGCCGAGUCUACAUGGCCCGUACUCGCCCACCGAACCCGGCUUAUAUCAUUGCGCUGAAAUGCAUGUACAAGAAGGAGCUCGUUGAAGGGAAACUGGAGAAGCAGGUCAGGAGAGAAAUCGAGAUCCAAAUGAACUUGAGGCAUCCCCAUAUCUUGCGGUUACAUGGCUACUUCCAUGAUACGGGGAGAAUCUUCUUGAUGUUAGAGUUUGCGGCCAAGGGCGAGAUGUACAAGUACAUGAACAAGGUCCCAUAUCGUCGUUUCCCAGAAAAGCAGGCAGCGCUGUACAUCGCACAGAUGACAGAUGCCCUCGCAUACCUGCACAGCAAGCAUAUCAUUCACCGCGACAUCAAGCCGGAGAACCUACUCUUGGGAAUCUACGGCGAGCUCAAGAUUGGCGACUUUGGUUGGUCGGUCCAUGCGCCAGGAAACAGAAGAACGACGAUGUGCGGGACCCUCGAUUACCUCCCGCCGGAGAUGGUGGACUGUCUUCCGCAUGGGGAAGGAGUAGACCUUUGGGCAUUGGGUGUGCUCACGUACGAAUUCUGCGAGGGCGCUCCGCCAUUUGAGGAGAUUGAUAGCCAGCAGUACGAGGGUGCUCACAAUCCGUACUCCCUUGCAGACACGUACACGCGCAUCUCGAACGUCGACCUCCGGCUGCCAGAUCGCUUCAGCCCUGAGCUGCGGGAUCUUGUACGACGGCUCAUUCGCAAGGAGCCAGAGAAGCGUCUGCCCCUCAAAGACGUGCUUCGUCACCCAUGGAUCAUCAAGUACGAUCCAGAAGCCUACCAGAGGAGCAGUGUGAACUUGAGCAAGCAUUGA